AUGGAGAGUACAAAACAUUAUUUAGAGCGAUUAGAAUCAUUCAUGAUGGUGUAUGGUGCACUGGUUCAGACUGAAAUUCCAAAUGUUCAAAAUUUGCAUGGCAUGCAAGAAGGUUGGGCAUGGCUUGCAAGGUUCUUGAAUGCUCUCCCAGCCAAACAAUAUACAGUUGUUUCGCUCAAUGCAUUUUUGCAAAUGGCUAGAUUUGCUCUCUUUAGAAAAUAUAAAUCUCAAUUCUUAAAGAUGCUGAAAGUCAUCUCUGAGAACUUUUUAGUUCAGCUGAAAUCACUUCAAGUACCAGAAUUGACAAAGACUGUUGUGGAAAUACAGACUUACAUAGAAGAUAAAAAGUUCCUUCAAGAGCCAGAGAGAAAGAGCUUGUUGUCUAAUUUGUUGUUAAAUGCAUCCCUUCAUUAUUGA